AUGAGUGGACAAGCUGCUAGUUAUUACGACCCUGGCCAGGGCUUCGAGGGUCAGGGUCAAUCAGCUCCUUAUGAGAAAAAGAACGAAAACUACACGAAUGGCUAUGAUCACCGCAACAAUGGUAAUUACCAGCCGCCGGUCAAUUACCAACAACAACCAGCCAACGAUCAGCAACCUGGCCCUGAGCAGAAGCCCCAGCAGCCUCCAUACCCCGAUAAUCCGCCCCCAUACAGUACCUUCGAUGAAGCUUUCAAGAUUGAAAAGCCCAAGUACAAUGACAUCUGGGCGGGUCUUUUGUUGAUUGCUGUCUUCCUGGGCUAUGUCGCAGUGUCCGGAUUGACCAUCCACAAGUAUGCCUCCAACAAGGGAUUCAGUGGGGAUGGCAUCUAUGGCUCUUCGAAUGAUUUUUCACUCAACACAAACACCUUGGUGCUGUUCAUCUUCGUUCUUUGCGUCGCUCUUGUCUUCUCAUGGGCGUAUUUCAUGGGCGCUCGAUACUUCACGAAAAGCUUUAUCUGGGCGACGGGUAUUCUGAAUAUCGUUUUCGCACUCGCCACGGGAAUCUACUACAUUGCCAAAAAGCAAUAUGGAGGAGGCAUCGUGUUUCUGGUCUUCGGUGUUUUCGCGAUUUUUUGCUUCAUCAGCUGGAUUCCGCGUAUCCCUUUCACGGCCUUCAUGCUGCAGACCACCAUGGAUGUUGCACGUAGCUAUGGACACGUCUUCCUUGUCAGCGCCUUGGGAGGAAUAGUGACUGUGGCAUUCGCCGCCUGGUUCUCGGUAACCUUGGUUUCGAUUUACGUCGCCUAUGAGCCCGACUCCUCUGGCACCAAUCCCGCUUGUGCGAAUGGUGGUUGCAGCACCGCCAAGGUGAUUGGGUUGACAGUGUAUGUCACAUUCGCCAUGUACUGGUUCAGCGAGUGGAUCAAGAAUACUGUCCACACAACGAUUGCUGGCGUAUACGGAUCGUGGUACUUUUGGAGCAAGUCCGCAGGUGGAAUGCCCAAGGGCUCAACUCGCGGCGCCUUCCGACGGGCAACAACCUACUCCUUUGGCAGUAUCAGUUUUGGAAGUUUGAUCAUCGCCUUUAUCAACAUGCUUCGCCAGGCAUGCUCGGUCGCACAACGACAAGAAGCGGCUCAGGGUAAUAUUGUCGGCAGUAUCUUCAUUUGGAUCUUGGGAUGCUUCAUUUCGAUGCUUGACUGGCUCGUCACCCUGUUCAACCGCUACGCCUUCUGUCACAUUGCUCUCUACGGCAAAGCCUACAUUCCAGCAGCUAAAGAUACCUGGAAGAUGAUGCGUGACCGCGGGAUUGAUGCCCUGGUACAAGACUGCUUGAUCGGUCCUGUUUUGACCAUGGGAUCGACGUUCGUCGCUUACGUCUGCGCUUUGCUGGCCUAUCUCUACCUGCAGUACACCAAGCCUGCUUACAACGCCGAUGGUGACUUUACUCCUGUCAUUAUGGCCUUUGCCUUUGUGAUUGGCUUGCAGGUGUGCCAGGUCUUUAUGACUCCUAUUGGCAGUGGAGUCGAAACGAUCUUCGUUGCUAUGGGCUGGGAUCCUCAGGUUAUGAUUAACGACCACCCGGAUAUCUAUUACAAGCUGGUACAGCUAUACCCCCGUGUGCAGCAAGCUAUUCACGCUUGA